AUGUCAUGUUCUUGCUACCUUCAUGCUUUGUUCAACAAGCUGGAGAAGGAAUUCCAGCAGAUUGAUGACAAGUUGGAGAGCAUCUCUGUACAGAACAAGCAGCUGCUGGACCAGAUCCUCAUUCAAGAGAUCAACACAAACUAUGGUCAGCUGGAACAGAACAUCGAGACCCAGUACAAAGCCUUCAAGAACAUGGUAGACAGGAUCAGGAAGAACCCCGACAAUGAGAUGGUUUACAAAGAGGAUUUCAAGGAUAUCUAUAGAAAGCAAGGCAGCUUUCAGAUUUUGCUAAUGUACUAUAACUCCGUCAUGGAAAAGCAGGGUCCAUUUGAGAGGCCACUACUGAAAUAUUAUCUAGAGCAGUCCGAGAGGAACAAGAAGUUUAUGGAGGCAAAAUGCGCUCAUCUGACCAACCUCUUCUACAUCGGCCUCAUAGCUCUGAUGGCCUACUAUGUAGUCACUGGGGAUGAUGAGGAGGAGUUCAAGAAAGAAUGGGGCCAAAAGGUCUUGGAAAUUCAGACCAAGAUGCAAGAAGUCCUGGCUGAGUGUAAUUAGAAGAAGUGAUGCCAAAUUCUCAUUCUGUAUUGUUUCUAUGCCUUGUUAUUUGAUCAGCACCUAAAACUACACUAUUAAUUCACUUUAAGCAGAUUACACAACAUUUUUAUGACUGUAUAAAUCAUACAUGUUGAUGAAUAUAUAUAGUAAAGCUGAAGACAUAUUUGUGUAUUAUGAUCAGAGUUAUUGAUUUGAUUUAAAAUAAAAAAAAUUGUCUUUUCCAACAAAAAAAAAUUUAUUGACAAUUAGCUUGCAUCAUUUUAUCUUUAGCAUAUAUUUAAAAUCACAGAACUUUAGAUUAAAUCCUAUAAUUAAUCUCAUCACUGUAAAAGUCUUUUUUGUGGAUAUUCUUGGGAUAUUUUUGGAUCUCUCAGGAUGCAAUAAACACAGGAGUGAUUAUAUGGCAAGAAAAUGAUUGUACCGCUUAUCUAAAUGGCAUGUGGUUCAUCCAAACUUUCAUUUAGCACAGCAGUAUAAAACUUUACUGC